AUGCCAACAUACGUAGUCACCGGCGCCAGAGCCGGCAUCGGCUUGGAAUACAUCAACCAACUAAGCAAAUCCCCCUCUAACACAGUCAUCGCCCUCGUCCGCUCCACCGCCCCUUCCACAGACCUCUCGGCCCUCGAAGCCAUCCAAUCCUCCAGCAUCGCCACGACGCACAUUCUCGAAUGCGACGUCUCCUCCGAGGCAUCCAUCGCCGCGCUCCCCGGCCGGCUGUCAGCAGCCCUGCAAGAGAGCCACGGGACGCCGGCUAAAGUGGACUUUCUCAUCAACAACGCCGCGACGCUGCAAUUUGCGCACCAGACGAGCUUGACGCUUGAUAAGGCAGGGCUGGACGUGCACAUAGAGACCAACGUCCUCGGCCCGGCGAGGAUGGUGCAGGUCUUGCUACCCUUCCUGACAGCCGAGGGCGAUAGCGAGAAGGACGGUGUGGAUGCUGCUGGCGAGGGCGCGGAGAGGAUCGCCGCGGUCGUCGCCAACAUCACCUCCGGCGCGGGCAGCCUGAGCUGGACCAGCGACGGCCGCGUCGGGAUGCUGGCGGGCUACUCCAUCAGCAAGGCGGCGCUGAACAUGCUGACGGUGCAUCAAGCGCGGGAGCUAAGGGGCCAGGGGAUCGUCGCGGUGGCUAUCGAUCCGGGUCAUGUCAAGACUGAUUCUGGUGGGCCUGGGGCGACGGUUGAGGUGGAGGACAGUGCGGGGGGUAUAUUGGAUCUGCUAGCUGGGCUCAAGAGCGCUGAUGGCGGGAAGUUCUUUUUGUAUAAUGGGACGUCUGUCCCGUGGUAG